ACUUACUUUUACACUAGUGGAUGGUGGAGAGUAUCCGGUUAUAUUUAAAACUGGUGAUGAUCUUCGUCAAGAUCAACUUGUCAUUCAAAUCAUUACGCUUAUGGAUAGGCUUUUGAGAAAAGAGAAUUUAGAUCUCAAAUUGACUCCCUAUAAAGUUCUUCCCACUGGUUCAGAUCAUGGUGUGAUGCAAUUUAUCACAUCAUCAUCAUUAGCAAAUGUUUUGAGUGAAUAUAAUGGUAGUUUGCUACAGUUUUUGAAAGCACAUCACCCAGAAGAGAAAGCAGUUGGAACAUACGGAGUCAGUCCUGCUGUAAUGGAUACUUACGUGAAAAGUUGUGCUGGAUACUGUGUUAUUACAUAUUUGCUUGGAGUUGGAGACCGUCACCUGGACAACCUGCUACUUUCUCCUGAUGGCAAUUUAUUCCAUGUAGAUUUUGGAUUUAUCUUGGGACGAGAUCCAAAACCAUUUCCGCCACCUAUGAAAUUAUGUAAAGAAAUGGUGGAAGCAAUGGGUGGCGCAAAUUCAAUUCAUUAUCAGAGAUUUAAAAGCUAUUGUUAUAUAGCGUUUAAUAUUUUGCGCAAAAGCGCAAAUCUAAUUCUUAAUUUGUUAGCGCUAAUGGUUGACGCGAAUAUAACUGAUAUUAAAAUUGAACCUGAUAAAGCAGUUUGGAAAGUUCAAGAGAAAUUUCGAUUAGAUUUAACAGAGGAAGAAGCUAUUAAAUAUUUCCAAAAUUUAAUUAACGAUUCAGUAAGUGCACUAUUUCCGCAAGUUAUUGAAACUAUUCAUAAAUUUGCACAAUAUUGGCGGAGAUAG